GCCAGUAAUAUAAAUACCUUCCCUUCCUUACCGUGUUUUCCACAAGCCCACAUUCUUCGAUCUUCUCUUGAUCAGUAGAAACCACUAAUUUUUUGCAACUCUAUCAUGGACUGCAGAAAUGAGUCAUCGGAAACUCUCAGGAACAAGUGUGCAGCAUGCUUCAGACAAUUCAACAAAAUUGAGCACCUCGUGGAGCACAUGAGGAUCUCAUAUCAUUCGGUUCAUGAACCUAUUUGUGGAAUCUGUAAGAAACACUGCAGGUCCUUUGAAUCUCUCAGAGAACAUCUUAUAGGGCCAUUGCCAAAACAAGAAUGUAAAAACAUUUUCAACAUCCGAGGAUGCAGAUUCUGUUUAGUUAUCCUUGAUAGCUCUAAUGCUCGAUGGAAUCACCAAGAGAGAUGCCAAUUCUCGAGCCUUAGUGCUGGGCUACUCGCACGCAUGGCUAACUUGGGCAUUCGUGACAAUUUGACUAUCGAUAAUGGCGGUACAAGAUCUGGGCCACAAGUAGUUGCACUGGCUUGUAAAAUGGUUGGCGGUGGCAGUGAUGGCUCCCUAGAUCUGUGUGCAAGGGUCUGCUUGAUUGAUGAAUCUGAAAACAUAAUUUUCCAUACUUAUGUUAAGCCACCAAUUCCAGUCACGAACUAUAGGUAUGAAACAACAGGCAUUAGACCAGAAUAUUUAAGGGAUGCAAUGCCACUUAGACAAGUACAGAGGAAGAUUCAAGACUUCCUCUGCAAUGGGGAACCAAUGUGGAAGAUUCGACCCAAAGGUGGAAACGCCAGGAUUCUUGUGGGUCAUGGUUUGGAUCAUGACCUUGACCGUUUGCAGAUUGAAUAUCCAGCAGUUAUGAUCAGGGAUACUUCAAAAUAUCCUCCUUUGAUGAAAACAAGCAAGCUCAGCAACUCACUCAAGUAUUUAACACAAGCAUAUCUUGGAUAUGACAUUCAAACUGGCAUACAAGAUCCUUAUGAGGAUUGUGUAGCAACAAUGAGGCUUUACACUAGAAUGAGAUCCCAAGCUCAUAAAAUAGAGUAUCCGCUGGUUUCUGACCCACAAAAUCGAAAUACCUUUCCAUCGUGGAGGCAAACUGAGCUUGAAAGGAUGACCCCAGAACAAAUGCUGGAAAUCUCGAGGUCGGAUUACUAUUGUUGGUGCUUGGAUUCCCGGGAUACUACUUCAGCUUAUUGAUCAACGCAUGCAGAGUACUCCAGCCUUAUAAAUAAAUUAGAACUGAUCAUCGAUGGAGAGGAUCACAAGUACUUUACACAUGACCAAGUACUUAUAAUUGCUCAAUGCAUUAUUACUAGAAAUAAGAAUAAAAUGGGAAGAUCAAUAUAUAAUAUAUAUAUAUAUGUAUUUCCACAAUAUGCUAGUCAUGAGAUUAAUACUACUUGUACUAUAU